AUGAUGACGAUGACUGGCCGUGUGCUGCUGGUGUGUGCCCUCUGCGUGCUGUGGUGCGGUGUCUUCGGUGGUGGAUGUUCUGAAGCGCCUUCUCCAGCUCUUCCGGGAAGUGCGUCCGACGGGAACCCUCAAAAAGAAGGAAAAGCCACAGAUGUCGCUGGAGGUGUCCAAAGCAGUCAACAGGCAGAGCUUCAAGAAACACCCGUACCACCGGCGUCAGGAUCACAGGAAUUGCCAGCGCGGCCGUCACCGGCACCACAACCCGGAGGAGGUGCACCAGAUUCGGCAAAUACAACGACGGAAAAGAAUAAUCCAAAUACAGAAAGUAAAAAAGAGGAAAAAGAUAGAAAGAAGGAGGAGGAAGAUAACGAAGCCGAAGGAGAGGAAGACGAAGAGGAAGAGGAAGAGGAAGAAGAGGAAGGGGAAGUGGAAGUGGAAGUGGAAAAGGAAGAGGAUGAUACGAAAGAAAAGGAGGAGACAGGGAAAGAAAAGGAAGCUGUUACCAGCACCACAGAGGUGAUCUCAGCAGGCACUGAAGAGCAGCCAAUUUUAUCUUCUGGUGCGGCGGGGGCAUCGAAUAUAACAAAUCCCAACAGCACACCAACAACUGGAGACGAUGAUCCAGCAGCUGAUGGUGCAGGGACAGCAGAGGGAAAACAAAAUGAAAAUAAAGAAGCCGAUCCGAAGGAAACACCAGUCGAAGCCACAGCCACGAAAACUACGACGGCGACGACCGGCGACAGUGACAGCAGCACCGCAGUCUCCCACACCACCUCCCCUCUUUUGCUUCUUCUUCUUGUUGUUGCGUGUGCGGCUGCUGCUGCAGUGGCCGCGUGA